GUUCAUGUACCUAACGUACUGAUCUUACCUGCGACGUCUUCUUCACUGCUGCCACACACACACACACGCACACACACUCCCAACUCCUCCCUCACCAUUUUGCCCUGCCUCUGAUUUUUUUAAUCUGCUGGGUUUUUUUUGCCGUCGAGCAGAUUUAGAAGCAGCGAACAUUUCGUCUGCCACCCUCUUGUUUUUCCCCCACUCCUCCGCGGCGGUGAUAACACACAUUUUCUACUUGGCUAGCUUUUAUUAUUUGUAGCUAACAACAACGGCGCUGUUCCUCUGCUAUUCCCCCCACUCACUCACUCACUCACCGCUGACUGUUCAUGUCAGACAGACGAGCCUCACGCAGAAGAAAAUAACCACAGUAACUGUCAAAACGACGUUAUUCCAGAAGAAGACGUUUGAAUGUGAUCGUCUGGACUACGAGCAGCAAGACAACCAAGCAAGGACAUGCAGAGGAGAGGUCAGUGAGGAGGAUGACAAGAGAAGAAUAAAGGACAGUGAAGGAGGGAUGAGAAAGAGACUGAAGUAAGAGGAGGAAGUGGAACUCUGAAGUGCCUACUGCAAGGGGCUGUGUGCUUGUGUCUGACUUUACCGGAGCAGGACGUGGCUCAGUGUGUGUUUGGCCUUGAAUUGAGGCUAUAUGUUAUCCUGACAGCCACAAAGUCAUCCAUCCCAUGUUGCUGAGCUACAGUCCCCACGUACCGUGAGCUGAGUCGCCGCCUCAUCUCAUCAGUGUGAGGAAACCAUCCCCAUAGGCCUCUGCUUUUUUGUUCUUCAGAAUUCUUCGUUUUCAAGCCGUUUAAGCAUAUCUAGCUCUGUAGAGACUGCGACAGCCUUGGCCAUGUUGACGUGAAUAUAAUAGUGACUUACAGUAGGCGUCUUUUGAUUUAGAUGAAGGCACAGAUGCUCAUUGACAUAUCCAAGCAUUCCAGAGUGAUGUCUUCAGAGUAGUUUCUGUUUUUCUCCCAUUUUUUUUCUUUUUUUGAGACAGAGCUGGCCUCUGCUCACGGCCAAGGCCCUCUAUCUCACAGCAGAGAAACCUCAGCUGCCACAUUUCCCAGGAAAAACUAAUAAACAUCCCCCAAAAUAAACUGAUCGGGAGGACUCGUUGCCUGUUUGCGCUGAGGACAAACUAUUUUAGCUUCUUUUUCCUCUCUGUUUUGGUGAGGAUUUUUUCUCUCUUGCAUCACUAUUAGUCACCCUUGCACUCACCAGACAGUUUUCCAUCUGUCUGCCCCCACCACUGUUCCCUGUUAUAUCUCUGAUGGCUGUCAGCAUGACCAUGGGACGUGACACCAAAUGGCUGACCUUGGAAGUGUGUCGUGAGUUUCAGAGAGGUACCUGCUCAAGGUCUGAUGCUGAGUGCAAGUUUGCCCAUCCGUCCCGGAGCUGCCAUGUGGAGAACGGCCGAGUCAUCGCCUGCUUUGACUCGCUGAAGGGCCGCUGCACACGUGAGAACUGUAAAUACCUGCACCCACCUCCACACCUGAAAACCCAGCUGGAGAUUAACGGGAGGAACAACCUGAUCCAGCAGAAGGCUGCGGCAGCCAUGUUGGCUCAACAGAUGCAGUUCAUGUUGCCAGGAACACAGCUGCAGCCCAUAACCACAUUCCCAGUGACGCACUCCUUGGCAACGAGUCCCAGUAUGGCGUUCAGCCCCUAUCUGAGCCACAUGGGCCCAGCCAUGGGCUUGAUGCCUGAGCUGCUGCCCAGUACUCCCCUUCUGGUUCCUGGGAGUCCAACUGGCUUGGCAGCCAUGGGCAACGGCACCUCUGCACAAAAACAUGUGCGCACAGACAAGCUGGAGGUUUGUCGGGAAUUUCAACGCGGUAACUGCACGCGGGGAGAGAGCGACUGCCGCUACGCUCACCCCCUAGAGGCCGGCAUGGUGGACUGCAGCGAAAACUCAGUCAUUGUCUGCAUGGACUACAUCAAGGGCCGCUGCAGCCGAGACAAGUGCAAGUACUUCCAUCCCCCUGCUCACCUGCAGGCCAGGAUCAAGGCUGCACAGCACCAAGCCAGUCAAAACGCGAUCAACAACACAGGCCUGGCUUUGCCACAAGGAGUCAUGCAGCCACUACCAAAGAGGCAAAUCUUAGAGAAGAGCAAUGGAGCUGCAUCCGCCGUUUUCAACCACAGCAUGUUCCACUACCAGCAAGCUCUGGCCAACAUGCAGCUGCAGCAACCAGCCUUUAUCCCCACUGUUCCCAUGAUGCACGGUGCCGCCACCUCCACUGUUUCGUCGGCCUCGACCCCAGUCACCACUGUUCCUUUCGCUGAAUCUGCUGCCUCGAAUCAGUAGAGCCCUCAGAGCUAUUGACUUCUGAUCCAGUGGAGCUCCAGUGCGUUCCCAUGGAAACCCAUUUCUGUCCCGUCCCCAAACUGCUAGUGGCGGCGCCAGUGGCACUUAACUCAGUAAGCCUUUCCAGAAACACUAGUUAAAGUCCCUGACACAUGUUCAGCAGCAGGGCGGCCAUCUUUCUGAAUGCAGCAGACAUGUUCCUCAUAUACACUGCACACUGACUGGGUGGCAGUGUGAAAACGUCACAGAUUAACGACGUAGGAAAGCUGCGGUGACAAAUACAGGACUGGAUGUACUAUUCUUGCUUUACGGCAGCCAUUUUGAUGGAUACUGACUUGAUCAGGCUGAGCAGUAGAGCUCCCUCAUUCUUACAGCCAUACAUACCCAUACCUUAAAGGUGCAGCCAACGUAUGCACACACAAACACACACACACACACACACACACACAAAUAUUCAUGUGUAGGAUUAAAAGCCCUUUAUGGGUUGGAGCCAUCACAUAUGGCGACCCAACACAUUUGACUGUUCUAAAGUCAGACUGUGAAAAGUUAAUUCUGGAGAAUCCAGAGCAUCAUCUGUGGACCUGCCGCUAGUCUACAACCAUUACAGUUCAUCAGAAAUUAUAUAAAAAAGUGUUUUAUGUCAUGUUUACGUUUCCGAGAUGGCCACAAAUGUGACACUCGUGUUAUACCAUUAUUCCGAUUGUUCCCGUGGUCUCUUCUUGCUCAAUGACACAACAUCAGUGAGUUGUUAUUGGUUUGUUUGUGCCUUUCAUUUAUCAGCUCAGCCGCAGAGGAGGAGACUUUAGUUUCCCUCAUAAAGAACUCAAAACAACACUCAUUUAAAAAUAAAUAAAUAAAUAAAUAAAUAUGUUAUUUGCAAUUAAAGGCAAUAUUUGUUGUUACAAACAUACCGUGUAUUAGCCCGGUGUUCCUCUUGUACGAAAAUCCAGUAAUCAACAGUGAUACCCACUUUAGAUGUUUUCAGUUGUCAAUGUAAGAUAAGGUUUGGAUCAGUUUUUGUUCUCUGGUUUCAUGUCGUCAGUAUCUGCUACUCAAUGGGUAAUAAUAACUAACAAAUACAACAUUACUCUUCCCUUUACUUCAUCAUCAUGCAACAGCAACAAAAAAACAACAAAAAAAUGAAUGAUUCACCGAUUCACAAUCACGUCUGCACUAAAGGGCCUGGGUGAAGAGAUUUUGAGAUAUGACCUUCUGGAUUAAAGACACAAACUGCCUUAAAGUGGCUGAGGUGAUGUUGUGAACGCCUGUCUUUACAGAUCAGACGGCUUAAAUCACCAAGUGUUACAUGUCUGCGACUCAUGAUUGCCUGUAUUUAUCUAAUGGCCUAAAAAGAAAUGUAUUUUUGGUCUCUGCUUUCACCGUGAUUUCUAACUAAACAUGGUGUAAAUGAACAGGUGCAGCCACUUUCACUUCAUAUUUUAAGUGAGUGAGUCUUGGACUCAGCCACAACCCAUGAUUCCCCGUGUCCUAGGUUCCUGAAAUUAAAACUGAAUAUUUAUGUCUGAUAUCUAUGAUGACAGACGUCUUAAUUGGUACUUCUAAACCUGAUGUCAGAGAGGGAAGCUGGGUUUGUUUCCUGAUGUUGUGCCUAGUCUGUGUGCCAAGUGGUGGCAUAUGCAAGGAGCUGCCCCAUUUAAUGCAAUACCUAAAUAACUCCUCCUAUUAAAACAUGUCCCUCUUAGACACAGAUGUGUAUAUUAAACAAGACGUUUGCCUGUGUUACCAAUGCUUUUCCCGUGGCUUUUCGGAUUGUAUGUGUGGCACAAGAUGUUUAUGUUUCACGGCUCUUCAGGGAGAAAGCUUAGAACUUGAAAAUGUCCUGUCUUAGACUUUAAAUUGUCCGUCUUUUCUACUAACGUGUCCUUUUUUGUCUCAAGUCGUCAAGACUCUAAACGGGACAAAGCAGCAGUGGUUGUCAGAAGUUGGCAAAGUCACGAGAUGGAGGAGUAGAUUUUAAAAAAAGAAGUUACAAACCAGUUGGGUUUCUGGUUACAAAUGUCUGUAAAGAAUUGCAAAAGUGAACAUAUGGCUUUGGGAUCUGGGCUGAAAUAACUUUUAUCCAAAUUCAAAUGUGCCUCUUUCAAGUCUCCUCAAACCACUGCUAUCAAUACACUGUAAGAACAGACUAGUGCUCAAAGAUAGAUGUGUCUAUUUAGUACGUUAUUAUAAUAAUAAAUCAUAUCUGUGCUAGGUUCUUCUGGGACAGCUGUGCUGUCUUAUUGUCAGUGUAAAGUAAAUGAAGCGGUGUGUCGCACGUGUAGUCAAGUGAAGAGAGGGCGAAUCACACGUUUGAUUUGUUGUAAAUGCUGCAGAUAUUACAACGUGUCCCCACUAUUAUUCCUUUUAAAUAAUGUCAACGUGUCGUGAAUGUAACUAAUGCAAAAACUGCACAUGUCGCUCUUAAAGACAGGCAUUCUGAAAUGUAAUAAUAAUUCACUACAUAUACAUAUACUGGCUGUUUCUUUGGUCACAAAGGUGCCAUGCUGAUACUGUGUUGAUACAUGUUCAAGUAUGUGUGUUAUUGUGCUAUUGAUUUAAUGUCAGUGGGUGAUGUGACUACUUUUAGAAAUAUAUUUCACUCAGAAAAGUACAUAUGUGACCCAUACAAGUACAUGACUGUGCCAGUUAUUUAUCAUCAUAGCUUUCUUUUUGUAUCCCAACACCCGAAAAUACCCAAAGUGCCCUAAAUGCACCUAUAAACAGUGAUGGAAUCAUUGGGCAACAUAGAGAAAAUCAGCGCUACUCUUGUUUAUUUCUUUUUUUUUACAAUUAUUUUUACCUUACCCAGUUUGGGGUUGAUUCGUUCACCCUGAGCUGCCGCCCUUGUUUUAACCAAGUCAAACUCAAAAAUUCAGCGGUUCUCAAACUUCUUAUACCAAGCACCACCUGCGAAAAUAUCAGGCUAUGGAACUUUCACAGGAGGCAGAUUUAAUCCCCAGUAAAAUCAUUUGCUCUCUUAUCAUCCUCCUCUUUCUCACACUGGUAUAGUGACAUUAGAUUAAGGUGGAG